CACGCGCUGCACGACUACACGCAGAUGAGUCGACGGAGUAUACUCGUCGUCCCUCACCUCUCUCCCUCACUCCGUGCCUAUCUUCGUUACGCUCUGUCUCGCUCGCUCGCCGCUCGCCGCUCCCUUCACACCGUUCCUCCCUAUCGCUCGAUCUCUCGCAGUAUCGAUGCGCCAUCCUCGUCCCUCGCACCGGCCGGGAACAGUGCGCGCGCAUCGCCGCUUGUUAUGCCAGUGCCGUUACGAGUGGCUCGAAAAACGAAGGGGCGAGUGAAACCCUCUACGUCCCCGUAGUUGCGUGAUGAUUUUCUCUGUUGUCCAAUGUAGAUUAACUUUAAUCUCAGUUUAAUUUACUCUUUAUCUUUUUUUAAUUCGAAGAACUGGAGAAAGAUGAAAAAUCUCGUACCAAUGGAUGGCCCAGGCACGGUUACAUGGGAGGAAUUUCUCGAGAAUGCAGAAAGGUUUCUUGUUGUUUCAGACAAGAUAUCGGACGGAUGGAAGCUCUACGGGAACAAGGAUAUUCCUGGACAAGCUUAUCUAGUUAGAAGAGCCAAGUGCUUCGUUCCAAGCGACACAACCGCAAGAAAGGACUGCUCGACCGACGACGAUAACGAUACCCAGGAGUUGCAAGUGAGAUUUCGGCUAGAUCCGCAUGAGGCUGUUUCCACAAGCGAAAUGCCUUUUAUUAUCGAGCAUCACAUUUUGUGGUCUAUCAGCUAUAGCGUCCCAGUUCUCUUCUUCAAUGGUUGGAAAUCAGAUUUCCCCGGGAUUAACCCAGUGAGCGUAAAUGAGGCUCAAACGGUCCAUGGUUACAAAUUAAAUUACACGGAAUUAUCGCAAGCGAUUCACCCUAUCGUCGGCACGCCAUUCCUGCAAUUACAUCCGUGUCUAUCCCAAGGGUUGUUGCGGACCAUGUCAAAGAGCAAGAAUAAACUCGUCAGCUGGCUGAGCUGCGUGGCAUCCACGGCCCUAAAUCUCAAAAUACAUCCGGAGUAUUUCAAAUUGACUCACUGAAGCUCAGAACGAAUAUUCGAAGGAACAAUUCAAUGGAAACAUAAUAGUUUAGAUUUUGUAAACCAGUAAUGUGCAACCAGUAUUCUUAAUUUUCCAAAAAAAUAAAAUCAGAAAAAAAUCUGAUUUAUUUUAUUUACAUAAAAUGGAGAAAAUGAUUUUAUAUUUUUGAUUUCCAUACAACACAUUUUAUCCAAGAGACAUCUUGAGAUAUUCAGAGAGAUGUUCUCUGGACGUCAUUAAGACAUAUCUUGGAGGUCUGUGCUAUAUCAUCGUGUCGCAAAAAAUUAACAGACGGGCCACAUGCAGGCCACAAAAGUUGCGCAUCACUGCUGUAUAACCAUUUCUGCGAGCAUUGUUUUUUGUAUUCCAACUUUACUGAAAGGAGAAAAAUACUAGUCUGUUUUCUAAACUAGUACUACACUUUUGGAACUUAAAGUAAAAUAGAUAUAUAUGUUUAUUUGACGAAAGCGAGAAAGAAAGUUCUAGUACUCUCUAUAUAAAACAGACCUAUAUUUUAUUUUUGUAAGCCCGUCGUUUAACCGAUGACUCAUACGUCAAAGAGACUUUCCUGUAAGUAAUAAGCAUGUUUCAAGAGAUCGCCCUGCGUGCGGGAGCGUCUCCGUUCGAUUGAUCCGCGAAUAAUUCUAGUCACGAAUAUUCGAUGGUGACGACGAUUCGAGUGGAAUUCGUUCGCGGUCGACAACGGCAUGGCGGAUUUAGCGUUGACCCAUGGUGGGCCGAGCAAAUUGCUCGCAAUUGGGCGGCAUUUCGAGUGCGCGCGCGAGAGGGGAAGCGGAGGGCAAAAAAGGUUGGAGCGUGGAAAAGAGAGCACGCAAUUAAUGCGACCGCGCGCGCGCGGCAAUUAGUCCGCACAAGGACGUAUUUGCGUGCGGCCCCGGGAAUAUUCGUUCACGACGAAUGCGCAGUUUUCGUAUGCGCGCAAGUACGUACAGUCGGCUGCGUUAACGAUAUCCGGUACAGGGCGGUUAACGCCACUUCUCGCCAAUUUUAUUUAUGCUGUUCGCGAACGCGGGCAAUGAUCAUCGAACCGUACAAUUAACUGUAUAAUAAACGAAAUGUAAAUCUGAGGAAAAGUUUGUCCAAAUGUAAAAGAAUAAGAGACUGAAGAUGUUACUGAUGACACCAUCAUUAACACUGUUAAUACUAAAGAAGUAGGUAUCCCAAGCAGAAUAAUAAUUAAGUCACGAUAAUUUCAAACUGAUGUUAAAAUGACGUUACAAUGAUUGAAAAAUGAUAUUUAAUAAUUAUUCUGGAAUCAUUUUGACAUCAUUUUGAUAUUAUAAUGACUUGUUCUGCUGGGUAUCGAGCGGUCACAUUAUUGACCGUUCCUAUUUUUUAGAUUAUAUUUCCGUAUAAAAAAAUAGGAUUCUAAAAUUUGUUAAUUUUU